CGCGAAAAGUUUAUUUUGGUCGUCUGGAUAGGCGGAAGCGUCAAAGUCAUGCGCAAGGCCAAAGUCUCGAUUCAUCUCGCGGACGUCAAGACCGUUCUGAGGACGUUUUCGAUCGAGGUGGCUGCAGAGCAUAAAGAGGAUUUGGAGGAAGAGCCGAUCGUCGUGAGAUUGAGAAAGGCUGGUGGUGCGAGUUACGAUGGUGUAUAA